AUGGGGCUCGUUCCGGAAGACUCAUCCGAUGCUAAAUACCAGACAGUGACACGGGACAUUGUCAAAGGAUGGCUUGCAAUUGCCUUCAUAACUUAUGACAUUAUCGAUACUGACGCGCAGGAUACUGCUAAAUGGUUCUCAGUUCUUGACAAUGUAGAUGACGCUGAGAUGCUGACGGACUACUACUGGCCCUUGGACGGACCUGGAUGUGUUUUGACUACUCGCCGUGACCCCCUUGCUAAGAAGAGUCGAUUUUUGGCAACUGAUGGAGUUGACCUCGGCCAUUUCAGCCGUGAGGAAGCAGCGGAUUGA